UUCUGCCUUUUGUCUCGGCAGCGUCGCCAGGGUCUUCCAUUAGGAGUGCAAACGUUUGCGGCUGAAGCGCUGGACACGACGAGGCCCUGGUCCUCCCCGCCGCCGGCCAUUCUCUGAUCUGGCCUUCCGGGUGGCGGUGGCAGUGCUUGGGACCUGCCUGCCCCGGCCCGAGUUCUUCCCCUUGUUGACGCUCUCGCGGCUGCCAGUUCCCCCGGAAAGCCGUGGCAUCUGCAUUGUUUUCUCCCUUUCUUGUGUGGGGACAGAGAGAGCCUGCUCCCGUGGUCCUGGGCGGAGGGGUGCAGCCAGGGGUGGAGGAAUUGGAUCCCGUUUCUCCUUGGGUCCGCUCUGAGGACGCGCCAGCCUCAUGGGAGUUCAGGGGCUCUGGAAGCUGCUGGAGUGCUCGGGGCGGCAGGUCAGCCCGGAGACGCUGGAAGGGAAGAUCCUGGCUGUCGAUAUUAGCAUUUGGUUAAACCAGGCGCUCAAAGGAGUCCGGGAUCGCCAUGGGAACGCCAUAGAAAAUGCUCAUCUUCUCACUUUGUUUCAUCGACUCUGCAAACUCUUAUUUUUUCGAAUUCGUCCUAUUUUUGUGUUUGAUGGGGACGCUCCACUAUUGAAGAAACAGACUUUGGCUAAAAGAAGGCAGAGAAAGGAUUUGGCAUCCAGUGACUCCAGGAAAACCACAGAGAAGCUUUUGAAAACAUUUUUGAAAAGACAGGCUAUCAAAACUGCCUUCAGAAGCAAAAGAGAUGAAGCACUACCCAGUCUUACUGAAGUUCGUAGAGAAGAUGACAUCUACAUUUUGCCUCCUUUAAAAGAGGAAGAAAAACAUAGUUCAGAGGAGGAAGAUGAAAAAGAAUGGCAAGAAAGAAUGAAUCAAAAACAAGCAUUACAGGAAGAGUUCUUUCAUAACCCUCAAGCGAUCGACAUUGAGUCUGAGGACUUCAGCAGCCUGCCCCCUGAGGUAAAGCAUGAAAUCUUGACGGAUAUGAAAGAAUUCACCAAGCGAAGAAGAACAUUAUUUGAGGCAAUGCCAGAGGAGUCCAAUGACUUUUCACAGUACCAACUCAAAGGUUUGCUUAAAAAAAACUAUCUAAACCAGCACAUAGAAAAUGUCCAAAAGGAAAUGAAUCAGCAACAUUCAGGACAAAUCCAAAGGCAAUAUGAAGAGGAAGGGGGCUUUCUGAGGGAGGUAGAGUCAAGGAGAGUGGUCUCUGAAGACACUUCACACUACAUCUUGAUAAAAGGUAUUCAAGCUAAGAAAGCUGCCGAAGUGGAUUCAGAGUCUCUUCCUUCCUCCAGCAAAAUGCACAGCGUGUCAGUGGACGUGAAAUCAUCUCCUUGUGAAAAAGUGAAGACAGAGAAGGAGCCUGAUGCUGCCCCUCCUUCUCCAAGAACUUUGCUCGCUGUGCAAGCCGCCCUGCUGGGAAGCAGCUCAGAGGAGGAGCUGGAGCGUGAGACUCGAAAGCCAGAGAGCGAGCGGCAUGCCCCUGACACAGUCGAGGAAGGCUCCAUGUCACCACGGACUCUCGCCGCCAUUCAGCGGGCUCUUGAUGAUGAUGAAGAGGCGAACGUGUCUGCCGGGGACGAUGAGCAGCCGGGAGGGCCAGGAGCCCAAGAACCGCCUACAGACAGUUCCACCGAGGCAAAUGACAAAGGCUUUCACGUGAGAAAAGGAAGAGGAAUGUCAUUUACUGCCGGACACGCUUCCUCUGGCGUGGACUCUGCAGCGGAGCUUGGAGUCAACACGAGGGACGAAAGAGAGCUGACAGCCUCAGCGCCUGCCUUUUGUCAAAGCAGUGCCUCUAAUGUUUCCAAAGAGCCAAUGCCAUUUAUUCAUGUGGGGAACGAAGCCCUUCUGGCAAGUGAUGAGUCUACGAUUGAGGCAAGAAAAGAUCUGCUUCAUUUAGAAAGUGCAGUGGUUAGACACAGCGAUGCCCCAGGGCUCCUGAGUGGGAGGGAACUGACGCCAGCACCUCCAACAAGUGCAAGUUCUGUGUCAGGGGAUGAAACACUUACCAAAGUGCUCGAGCUACAGAAUGAGCUUGGCCCAUCUGAGCAGAAAUAUGCGUCCUCUGUUCCUUCAAGUGAUGAUGAAACAGAAUAUGAACAAAAUUCUGCUUCUGAAGCCAUGGACACUGCCAGUUUCCAGGAAAUAAAUAGCAUAGUAAGUGUCCCUUCACAGGCAGCAGGUAACUUAGAAAAUGUGGUAUCAUUUAAUGCUAAAGAGCAUGAGAAUGUCCCAGAAACCAUCCAAGAACAGCAGACAAUUGAAUCUGCAGGCCAGGAUUUAAUUUCAGUUCCCAAGGCCAUGGAACCAAUGGAAAUCAACUCCGAAGAAAGUGAAUCUGAUGGAAGUUUCAUCGAAGUGCAGAGCCUGACAAGUGAAGAUGACGCUUCCAAGCCUCCCUCGGAACAAGGUGAAGAGGAACUGAUAGGAGUGGAGGAGGAAGAAGCCACUGUUGACACCGAGAACCUCCCAAGGGACAGCUCUGAAGCCGACGACGUGGAUGUUGAGCCACAGGAAGAAGCUGGCAAAGAUGCUGACGAGCCGCUCAAUGAAUGGCAAGAUGUUAAUUUGGAGGAGCUGGAAACUCUGGAGAGCGACCUCUUAGCCCAGCAGAAUUCACUGAAAGCUCAAAAACAGCAGCAAGAACGAGUCGCUGCCACUGUCACCGGACAGAUGUUUCUGGAAAGCCAGGAACUUCUGCGCCUGUUUGGCAUCCCCUACAUCGAGGCUCCCAUGGAGGCAGAGGCGCAGUGCGCCAUCCUGGACCUGACUGAUCAGACUUCUGGAACCAUCACCGACGACAGCGAUAUCUGGCUGUUUGGAGCACGGCAUGUCUAUAAAAACUUUUUUAAUAAAAACAAGUUUGUGGAGUAUUACCAGUAUGUGGACUUUCAUAAUCAGUUAGGAUUGGACCGGAAUAAAUUAAUAAAUUUGGCCUAUCUGCUUGGAAGUGAUUAUACUGAAGGGAUACCAACUGUAGGUUGUGUAACAGCCAUGGAAAUUCUCAAUGAAUUCCCAGGACACGGCCUGGAACCUCUCCUAAAGUUCUCAGAGUGGUGGCAUGAAGCUCAAAAGAAUACGAAGAUAAGACCUAAUCCUCUUGACACCAAAGUGAAAAAAAAAUUACGGAAGCUGCAGCUCGCCCCUGGCUUUCCCAACCCAGCUAUUGCCGAUGCUUACCUCAAACCGGUGGUGGACGACUCCAAGGGCUCCUUUCUGUGGGGGAAGCCUGACCUUGACAAGAUUAGAGAAUUCUGUCAGCGGUAUUUCGGCUGGAACAGAACAAAGACAGAUGAAUCUCUGUUUCCAGUAUUAAAACAACUCAACGCCCAACAGACACAGCUCCGAAUUGAUUCCUUCUUUAGAUUAGCUCAACAGGAGAAACAAGAUGCUAAACGUAUUAAGAGCCAGAGACUAAACAGAGCUGUGACAUGUAUGCUAAGGAAAGAAAGAGAAGAAGAAGCCAGUGAGAUAGAAGCAGUUUCUGUUGCUAUGGAGAAAGAAUUUGUGAUACUCGAUAAGGCAAAAGGAACAACUCAGAAGAGAAGCAUAGCAAAUAAAUUGAAAGAGCCAGCGAGCCUGAAAAGAAAGAGACUUUCAGAUGCUAAAGAAGAGAAUAAAGGUGGGGGGUUUCUGGGGAAGACCUCCCUCUCGGAGUGGCGAGCUGCGUCUGCAAGCCAGGGUGCUGAAAGUUGGGCUUUGAUGAACACACAAAGGAGACACGCAGCGAAAGUGUCAGAAACCAGCUCUUCAGAUUUGCAGGACUCGGUGAGAGCUGCGCGUGUAAAGGAGGACGGUGUGACCACAAGCAGCUCUAGUGAUGAUGACGGGGAGGAAGCAAGGCCGACCCUCGUGACUGCCAGAUCCGUGUUUGGGAAGAAAAGAAGGCAACUGAGGCAUGCAAGGGGAAGAAAAAGGAGGACCUAAUUUAAAACGAUGCAUUCUCUAUCAUUAGCAUUUUGCAAUGAAUUUCUUGUGAAGAUGUAAUCAAAUUAAAUAUAUUUACACAGUC